AUGAAGGGAACGAUCAGUAUGAUCAUUUGCCUGGUACUGUUUUUCUGUAUUACCGCUUGCCAGUGUAAAGAAACGAACCCAACAACGAAUCUUAUAACGCCGGAAUCAUCACGACCGAUGCUGGAAUCGAUCAACGGUACGCGCAACUAUCGUAUGCAUGGCAAAAAGGGGAAGGACGAUAAGACCUGGUACGAUGGACGUGAAAUGCGUUAUAUUUACUGUGUCCGACCGGCAAAAUGUGAACCGAUACGGUACAAAUCGUGCCUCGGUUCGACCCUCCCGUACUCAUCGAUCAGUCUCGAUCUGACCGAUUCAUACAGCCAAGAGGCAACGCACACCAAGCUGUUCCAGUACAAAGCACUGAUCAGUGUGCCGAAGUGCUGGGCCGUGAUACAACCGUUUCUGUGCGCUGUGUUUAUGCCCAAGUGUGAGAAGAUCAAUGGCCAGGACAUGGUGUAUCUGCCGCCGCUGGAGAUGUGUAAAAUAACGCUCGAACCCUGUCGCAUACUCUACAAUACAAGCUUCUUUCCCGAGUUUCUCAAAUGCAACGAAACACUGUACCCUGCGAAGUGCAACAACGAUGUGCGAGAGGAAAUGAAAUUUAAUGCCACUGGCCAGUGUCUGAAACCGUUGGUAGCGGCCGAUUUGCCAGCAAAUUAUUAUAAAGAAAUCGACGGAUGUGGUGUACAGUGCAAGGAUCCACUGUACACGGAUCAUGAGCAUCGGCAGAUACACAAGCUAGUUGCGUGGGGUGCUAGCGUGUGUCUUGCAUUUAAUCUCUUCACGCUCGCCACGUUCGCUAUCGAUUGGCAAAAUGCAAACAAGUAUCCGGCGAUGGUAAUAUUUUACAUAAACUUCUGCUUCGCUGUAUCCUGUUUGGGAUGGUUAGCACAGUUCACUCCGGGCGGACGGGAGGACAUCGUUUGUCGUAAGGACGGUACGCUGCGCACGUCCGAGCCCAGUGCUGGUGAAAACCUGUCCUGCAUUGUGGUGUUCAUAUUGGUGUACUACUUCCUCAUCGCAGCCAUGGUGUGGUUCGUCAUUUUCACCUACGUAUGGCACAUGAGUUUUAAAGCGAUCGGAAAAAUUCAGGACCGGAUCGAUAAGAAGGGUUCAUACUUUCAUCUGAUCGCCUGGUCUUUGCCGCUCGUGUUGACGAUCACCAUUAUGGCACUGAGCGAAAUCGACGGCAACAGUACGGUAGGCAUUUGUUUCGUCGGUUACCUAAACCAUCCGAUCCGCGGCGGAUUUCUGUUGGCGCCCGUGCUCUGCGUGCUACUGGUCGGUGGGUACUUUCUCGGUCGAGGACUGUUGACGCUGAUUCGUCUACGAAUAUCGAGCAAGGAAAUCAUCUCCGCACGUGCCAGCAAAAAGAUCCAUCAAACGAUCGUACGAAUGGGCAUCUGUACCACUUUUACGUUCAUUUUUAUCGUUGCCACCGUUUUCUGUCACGUGCACGAGUUCCGGCACAGUGCGGCCUGGGCUACUGCUUUGCGGAACUUUAUCGUAUGUCAAAUAACUUCCGUUUACGACGAUGAUGUUACAAACAGCUGCCGUAUCGAGCAACGGCCCAGCGUGGCCAUACUUCAGGUGCAUCUAAUCUGUUUGUUCGCGUCCGGAAUAGUCAUGUCAUCGUGGGUUUGGACCAACUCCACACUCGAAUCGUGGGGUCGGUAUUUUCGGAGGCGCUUCGGUACGGACAUCGACGAACCGGUGAAACUCCAGAAGCAUAAGGUCAUAGCGCAGGCGUUCGCCAAACGAAAAGAGUUUCAAAAUCAGGGCCGAUUAUCAAUCUCGUUCCAUAACUCACACACCGAUCCGGUAGGUUUAAAGUUCGAUAUUAACUCCGCCAUCGGUAGUCACGAUUUCAGCUCGACCUGGGCAAACAAUUUACCCCGGUUUGUGAAUCGUCGCUGUGCGCUUACGGGAGCCGCGACCAGCUCGAGUCACGAUCCACGCAAAAACUCGGUAGAUUCAGAGAUCAGCUUCAGCGUACGGCACGUUUCCGUCGAGUCUCGUCGGAACUCGAUCGACUCGCAGGUAUCGGUGAAAAUUGCGGAAGUAAAAACGAAGGUUGCCAGCCGGAGUAGCCGUGGUACGGUAGUGGUUGGUGCGGCAGGUGGAAAACACGCCCAUAAAUCGCGUCAAAGCCGAAGAAGACAUGAUUUUGCUGCUACUGGGCGACGAUAUAGCCGUAAGGAAAGCAGCACUUCCGUCGAGUCGCAGAUUGUGACGGCAGCAAUUCAAAAGUCCGCUGGAGGUGCAGCAGGUCGACAUUCAACCACGGCCGGUACGUUCGGGGCAGGCAACAUGCAACGUCGCACGGGAAUCGGGGCCAUGGACGCACAUCAGAUCAAUGAUUUGAUCUCGAAUGGCAAGCUGUUGCUUCCAUUCCUGCAAGGCCAAGGACUGACCACAUCGGAGGAUGAUAACGUUUCGGUGGGUUCGUUCAAGCUACAAGAUUCCAAAUUCGACAUUAUUAUGAAGCAGUUUGAUGGAUCAAGCCGUAUGGGAGAUGGCGCUGGGUGUACUAGUGUACCUGGGCCAGUAACCACCACAGGUGGCUGUCGUAUUGAGGAGUAUCGCAGCAGCGAUGAUGAUGAAGACGAUGACGAUGAUGAUGUGGAAACAGAAUCGCUGCUUAACGGAAGGAAUAUUCCAUUGCGUCAGAUUACUUCUGGGCGGGAUGAUAUCCUCACGAGGGUGACUGAUUCUAAAGAUACCCCAAUGGGAACACGCCACACUAAGGAUGGAGGAUCGCGUAUCAGUAAGACCGGCACGACCAAGAGCGUUCGCAGUCGCAAGACAGGAACCGGAUCUCGUCAGGGUACGAUGAGCAGGAAAACUCAGCAUAAUCGUAGAAAAAAAGAGAAAGCAAGGGAACGUGAGCGUGAAAAGGAUCAGGAAAUGUUGGAACGCGCACCAUCUCCAUCUGCUGGAACGUUUGGUGUUGAGACGAUGUACGAUUUCAACGAUUCCUCUUUCACGUCGUACUGUUCCGAAUUGUCCCCAUUGCAGAUAAACAGCUCGUAUUCGGGCGUUUCGAUAGCUAAAACCAAUUCGCGCAAUUCCAAGCGUAGCUGUGAUGUCGGCAUACAGACUAAUGCGCACGAAAUUGCCACGCAGACUAUGUCCUCCUUUGAGUUUAACGAAAAAGCGCUCAAGAACGAGGAGAAUGCGGACAUAUAUACGGAAAACCAUCAGAUGCUACCAGCGCUAGCGAUGGUGGUACAACAAGCUCCAUCCAAACUCAUCCAAACGAUCGGUCCGACCGGCAUGGUUGGACGCAAACAGCGCGAUACGAACGAAUCGGCUGGCAUGAGUGAUGCGGAAAAAUUGAAAAUGCUUCUGCUGCCAUCGAAAUAA